AUGGAAGAGAAUGUAAAGAUGCAAACUAUACUGUGUCUAUACCUCAUUUUUCUGACGCAUUUCACCAUUUUACACACAAUCUUAGCAACACCAGUCGAUGAGUACGAUGAAGAAUCGUUCACAAUACGAAAUGAAACAAAUUGUUCAACUGUUUCCACUGGUGUAGAAACGUUGACAUGGUAUAAUCGUUCAGCUACAGACACGAUCGAUGAAAGCGGCGAGAACAUCACUCACGUCAAUGUACAGGUUGUUGUCACUCCCAGCACACUCCGGGUGCAAAUUGGAAAAAACUACGAACUAACCUGUAUUGUCCAUGGCGCCCUUGCAGAUACACAUGUCUAUUGGAUACAAGAACAGCCAGAACGACGAUACAUGUUUGCUCUUGCGGAUGACAGAAUCGUGUCAGAAUCACAAGUGAUACUCACGAUACGAGUUACACUUGUUCAUCGAGGUAACAUUGGUCAAUAUAAAUGUAUAGCAGAACCUGAAGCGGGAAGUACUAAUACUGCUACUGUCACUAUGGAAGAAAUAGCUGAUUAUCAACAGUCUGUAACCUGGUGCAGUGCCGGUACUAAAAUAUUACAGAUUAUUGCACCAGAUACAAUUGAUGACGACGAUGUGCUGAUUCAAUGUAUUGGUGCGAAUAAUAAAAGAAUUAACUGGUACCUCAAUAAUCGUCUUCUUGUUGAGGAGGAACCAUUUCAAUUCGAUCAAAACAUCCUUCGUGUCAAUCCGGCUUCCAAAUUGUGUUCAGGAGAGUAUCGCUGUGCAGUUGCCGAUCCUACUUAUAGAGAAGCACGGCGUACUCUUACAUUCACACGAGAACCCAGUGACAGUGUUUCUCUAGCAUUUAAUCCACCAAGUCCAUUGUUCAUUAAUGAAGGUAUGAGACAACUAAUUUGGUCUCCAUCUGGAUAUGAUUCUGUUCAUUGGACACGUGAUGGUGAUGAUGAACGUCUUCCAUCAAAUGUCUAUCAAAUCGAUCAUAAUUUACGUCUCAGGAAGGCACACCCUAAUGAUUCUGGGAUUUAUCAUUGCAAGUUACGUACAGCAGACGGUGCGCACAUUGAUAUUUCCUAUGAAAUCCAAGUGCAGCCCAUUCAAACUCGUCAUUCAUUUUUUGGUCAACGACCAAAAAUAACUAUUCCUGAACCGUCAAUCAAUCUACAAGAAGGUGAAGAUAAGACUAUUCUAUAUACAAUCGAUUCCGAUGAACCAGUUCAAAUCUUUUGGAACAGAUAUACCGAUCAAGGCUAUCAACCAAUGCCGUUAACUUUCACAGUUGAGCCAGACCGUCUCAUUCUUCAUCAUGCCACAACUGAUCUUACUGGUAUCUAUCACGUUACUGUUCGUGAUUCAUAUCUUGAAGCUCAACGAACACUACGCAUCAAUGUUAUACCACGACACCAAAAAGAGCAACGAAAAUGGAUUGAAAUGAGUGUGCGACCGAGUGAAAUAGUGAUUGGACCUGGUGAAAAAGUAACAGUCAAGUGUGACGUGAAAGGCAUAGAACAAUAUCAAGUGACGUGGAGUGUAUAUUCACGUAGCACAUGGUUUCCUCGUUUCGUAUCCCAACAAGGAAAUAAUAUUAAGAUCGCACCAACUGAUACUACACCUGAUGAACCGAUUUAUUUGCAAUGUCAAGUGGAUAAACCAGCUGCAUUUCGACUAUGCUAUGCUUAUGUAACAGUCUAUGUUACCGAUGGUGAACGAAAGAAAAGAAAUAUACCCUAUUGA